GGUUGUAAUAAUUUAUAAUCUAGCUGACUAAGAUCUGCGAUCAAAGUUCAAUUAUAUAACGCACGUUUUUCCAACUAUUAUUUAAAAUAGUUUAAUCCUUUUUUUCUUAUUCGUUUUUAUAUCUUUCAAUAUUGCUGUAUUUGAAUAUACCGCCAAAUAAUUGAUCGAAAAAGCAUAUUAAUCGAACACACCCUCGAUUUUGUAGUAUGUCAGUGACGUCCUCAUUUGUCACCCUUGUUAGUUUGUAUAUAUGCCACGUUGAAGAGUAGGUCGCUUCGAUCGCUUACUCUGCCACGUAAUGUUGUGUGUGCCGUUUAUUAGUUAUACUUGUGAAAAGAUUUACGUAAAAUUAAUCGUCAAUGUUUUCGAUGUGCAAGCGUAUAUCGGAGAAAAUAUAAGAUCAGUCGAUCUUUUUUGUGAAAAGCUCACUAAGAAGUGAUUUGUAAAGAAAAAACAUGGCUUACCCAGAUGGUUAUCAGUAUCAAUCGUACAUAGAUCCUAAUAAUUCCUUAAAAACUGAACGUGUACCAAUAGUAAAUGGUCAAUCAACUGUUAAUCAACAUAUACAAAACGGCAUGCAAUCACCACAUUCUAAUCUCACUGGUACACCGUCAUCGCAAUCAUCUCGUGAUCCAUCAAGAGAAACAUCGAGAGAUCCAUCUCCAACUCAAUAUCUACACAAUCAGUAUAGACCACAAUUACCAAGACCUCCUAUGCCACCAAUUAAUGGACAGCAAAAUAUGCAUCUGAAUGUUAGGCCUCCUUUACCAAAUGUCACGCAAACACAACAAUAUAAUCCUACCACAACUCUUUACUCUUCUAACCAAUUCAAUACUAGUGCCACAAAUAUUCCUCCCCCGAAUAAUGCAGGCAAUGUUUCUUCUGCAUUUGUUAGUUUGCCUUCAAAUGUACAAGAAAAUCAAGAUAUUAAUUCACAUAGCAUGCCUUCAAUUAAACCACAACAAAUUCAACACGUUCUUCAAAAUCCAAAUAUGUCUGCGUCAAGAAACAUUGCAGGAAGUCAGGAUAAUUUGCCAUCACAAUCACGAGUUCAAUCUCUACAUUCAUUACAGUCAACAGUACAAAAUCAGACAUUUGGCAGUCACACAGAUUUACUUGGGCAGGGAUCAAAUUCUCAACAGAGUCAUAAUACGUAUGGUAGUCAACCAAAUUUAACUGGCCAAAGAAAUUAUGCUCAAAAUUAUUAUGGAACGCAAAUGCCAUCAAGCACUGCCAAUCUUUCAAGCCCUAUAAUGACACCUCCAAGAUUUAGUGCACCUCCUAAUAAUCCUGGUCUGACUUCUAUGAGGCCGCCAAUGACUAUGCCACCCCCUACAGGACAGCAAUUGCAGGGUAAAUAUGAUAAGCAGCCACCAUAUCCAGGACAAUUAUCUAAUAUUUCUCUAGAUCCUAUGUCUGCAAGAUAUCCUGGAUCAUAUCCUGAUCAAAUGAAUCAACUAAAUAGACAAAUGAAUACAAUGUCAGUUACACAGGCUGGUUAUAAUAAAAUAUGGGGCAUGGAAACCGUUGACUUAUUACAAUGUAGAAAUAUUUUACCUCCUGAGAAAAUAGAGCCACCGAAAGUUAGAUUACAUCAAGAAUUUUUGGAUGGUGUUAAUUGCAAUCCAGACAUAUUUCGAUGUACUUUGACAAAGAUUCCUGAGAAUAAUUCAUUGCUGCAAAAAGCCAAGUUACCUCUUGGAAUUUUAAUACAUCCUUUCAAAGAUUUAAACCAAUUACCCGUAAUUCAGUGUAGUACAAUUGUACGUUGUCGUGUUUGUAGAACAUAUAUCAAUCCAUUUGUAUAUUUUGUUGAUUCCAAGAGAUGGAAAUGUAAUUUGUGCUAUAGAGUAAAUGACCUUCCAGGAGAAUUUCAAUUUGAUCCAAUAACUCAAUCUUAUGGGGACCCAUCCAGAAGGCCAGAAGUCAAAACAAGCACCAUUGAAUUUAUUGCAUCUAGUGAAUAUAUGCUCCGUCCCCCACAGCCAGCAGUUUAUCUUUUUAUACUGGAUGUUUCAAGACUUGCAGUAGAAAGUGGUUAUCUCACUGUAGUAUGUAAUACGAUAACUGAUGAAUUAUCAAGAUUACCAGGUGAUGGAAGAACGCAAAUUGGAUUUUUGGCAGUGGAUUCAACAAUACAUUUUUUCAGUAUGCCUGACAAUGUAUCACAGCCCCAUGAAAUGAUUAUGUUAGAUGUGGAUGAUGUUUUCCUUCCGUGUCCAGAUAAUUUAAUAGUUAAUCUUAAAGAACGGGAAGAAUUAAUAAAAGACUUAUUAGCCCAAUUACCAACUAAAUUUCAGGGUACUCAUGAUACGAAUAGUGCAUUAGGGGCUGCUUUACAAGUAGCUUACAAAUUGGUGUCACCUACUGGAGGAAGAAUGACUGUAUUUCAAACAUGUUUACCAAAUAUGGGACCUGGAGCCCUACAACCGAGAGAAGAUCCAAAUGGUAGAGCUAAUAAAGAUGUACCUCAUUUAAAUCCAGCAACUGAUUUUUAUAAAAGAUUAGCAUUAGACUGCAGUGGGCAACAGAUUGCAGUUGAUUUGUUUUUAUUAAAUAGUCAAUACAGCGACUUAGCGACGCUUUCUGGUAUGUGCAAAUUUUCUGGUGGUUGUAUAUAUCAUUUACCACUGUUUCGUUCAUCGAAGAUACAACAUAUAGAAACAUUGGAACGAAUGUUACGACGUUAUCUAACACGAAAGAUAGGUUUUGAAGCUGUUAUGAGAAUACGUUGCACACGUGGCCUUAGUAUUCACACCUUCCAUGGCAAUUUCUUUGUACGUUCUACUGAUUUAUUAAGUUUGCCGAAUGUAAAUCCUGAUGCUGGAUUUGCAAUGCAAAUUUCGAUCGAAGAGAGUCUAGCAGAAACACAAAAUGUAUGUUUUCAAGCAGCAUUAUUGUAUACAUCAAGUAAAGGUGAAAGAAGAAUUCGAGUGCAUACAUUAUGUUUACCAGUGGUUGCUACUUUAAAUGAAGUCCUUCAUUCGGCAGAUCAACAAUGUAUAAUAGGAUUAUUAUCUAAAAUGGCCGUAGAUAGAUCUCAACAGUCUUCAUUAUCAGAUGCAAGGGAUGCAUUGAUAAACGUAGCGAUUGAUUCUCUGUCUGCUUUCAAAUUGUCCCAAUCUACAGGAUCGACUGGACUUGUGGCACCAACCAGUCUCAAGUUAUUACCUUUAUACAUUAUUGCUUUGCUCAAAUACAUUGCUUUUAGAUCAGGUACAAGUACGAGAUUGGACGAUCGAGUAUUUGCCAUGUGCCAGUUAAAAACUUUACCACUUUUACAACUUAUACAAAUGAUAUAUCCAGAUCUUUAUCCUAUACAUGUGCUUGACGAUAAAAAUUCAGUGGAUAUAGAUGGAAAAGUUUGCCCACAACCACCUAGAUUACAUUUAUCUGCUGAGAAAAUAGAUUCAAGAGGUGCAUUCCUCAUGGAUGCCGGCGAUAAAAUAUUAAUAUACGUGGGGAAAAAUGUACAUCCGAUGUUUUGUUGUAAUGUACUUGGUGUUUCAGCAUUUUCCGCUAUACCAGAAGAAUUUUAUGAAUUACCGGAACUUGACACUGUAGAGAACGAGAGACUUCGCCAUUUUGUAUUUAGUCUGCAAGAAGAGAAACCAUAUUAUGCAUCCGUGCAAAUUAUUCGAGAUGACAGUCAUUUCAGGACAUUAUUUGUAGAACAGUUAAUUGAGGACAGAUUCGAAUCAGCCCUUAGUUAUUAUGAAUUCUUGCAGCAUUUAAAAACUCAAGUGAAGUAGUGGACAAUUUGAAUAAUAAGUGAAUAUAAAAAAGUUAUGUUAAAUAAUUUGAAUUUCUUCAUAAAUGUAUUAUGAAAGAAUCGCGAAAAUAUUGUUAUUGACACAGUGAAAGUGCUAAUCAUAAGCGGCGACUGUGCUCAGGAACAGGAUGUGAUCUCCCUAUCAAGCAUCACCUACAUUUUUCAUUCAGAUAGCACGGUAACGCGUAAGUGUUCCAGUUUGCUGUUGCAUAAUAAACAGACGAUAAUUGUAAACGACAUGUCAUACGAAAAAGUAACCAUAGCCUUCUUCAGAAAAAAACACGUUGACGCAUUUAAAUGUAAUAGAUUAUAAUAAUUAUUAUUAUCCAUAUUCUUAUAAUGUAUCAAUAUCAUAGAUCCAAAUAUCAUGUAUGUCACGUAAAUUUAUGUUAUAUCGGAUACCUAGUACGUCUUACGCAUUGCUUUUUCCAUUUUUAUUUUCUCUCUUUCUCUCUCUUUCUCUUCAUAUAUUAUAUAAGUAUUUUAAUGCAAUAACUAAAUAUUUUCUUCUGAAUUUUGCAGAUUGAUUUUUUUUGCUAUAUACAUGCUUUAAUGGAAGAUCUUAAUUCAAUACUGUUGUUAUUAAUUUUUAAGGGACACCUCUUUUUCAGCCAUGUGUUUUUAUCUUAUAUGAUUGGAUUGUUAAUUCAUUAUUUUGGCAUGGCAAUUUAUAUGUAUAGCGAAGUAGAGAAAUUUAUGUAUAAGUUUUACUAUAAUUCCAUUAGGUUUAUUUAUCGAGAUUUUUGUGAAUUUAUGGGUAUUCGUAUCUUAUUAUUUUAACCUUAUGUUUAUAAUGACAUCUUAAAGUUAUACAUAACAUUUUUCACAUUAUAUACUCAUUGUUUGCAUUAAUAAUUAAAAUUUGGAUGAAAACAAAGAACGUAAAGUUAUUAUGAAAAGAAAAUUGCGUUUUUUUAAAAAUGUAAUACGUUCAUACGAAAAUGUAAAAUAUUAUUACAAGAUAAUCGUUAUACAUGGUUAAAUAAUUAAUACGAGUGUCUUGCAUAUGAAAUGGAAAUCAAUGCAAUUUAAAAGAAAAGUAUAGGUUUAUUAGGUGCUCAAAUAGAAUUAUAAAUAAUGUCUAUGUAAAAUACUGCAGGUAGUUGAAAAUUCCAUUGAACAGCCAAUUUAUUCUAGUGCAGACAAUUUCAGAAAUAUAUAUAAAGAGCAA